AUGUCCCUCGCAGCUCCCGCCAGCGCUGAAAAUGCCCGCCAGAGGGGUCACUCUGCAGUCGACUUCAAGUCUGCCACCACCGGCGUCGCAGCCAAGGCUAUGCGCAAUGAGCUCAACAACAUGAUGGCAGGCGUGACUGACCCGGCCAAGAAGAAGGUCUUUGACGCCGAGAUGCAGUCAUUCUUCUUGCUGUUCAACCGGUUCCUCACUGAGCGGGCCAAGGGCGAGAAGCUUGACUGGGAGAAGAUCCACCCGCCAAACCCCAAGCAGCUCCUUCCCUACAAGACCAUUGAGGGCGUCGACCCCUCCAUUCUCAACAAGCUUGCCGUGCUCAAGCUCAACGGUGGUCUCGGUACGACCAUGGGGUGUGUUGGACCCAAGAGUAUUAUCGAGGUCAGGGAGGGCAUGACCUUCUUGGAUCUUUCCGUCAGGCAGAUCGAGCACCUCAACUCGCAAUACAACGUCAAUGUCCCAUUCAUCCUGAUGAACUCGUUCAACACCGACGACGACACUGCACGGAUCAUCCAAAAGUACCAAAACCACAACAUCAACAUCCUCACCUUCAACCAGUCCCGGUACCCCCGUGUCGACAAGGAGUCGCUCCUCCCCUGCCCCACCAGCGCCGAGUCUGACAAGGCCGACUGGUACCCACCAGGGCACGGUGACAUUUUCGACGCUUUGCAGAACUCGGGCCUACUCGACAAGCUCAUCGCCGCCGGCAAGGAGUACAUCUUCAUCUCGAACGUCGACAACUUGGGCGCCGUCGUCGACCUCAACAUCAUGCAGACCAUGAUUGACAACCAGGCCGAGUACGUCAUGGAGGUCACCGACAAAACCAAGGCGGAUGUCAAGGGUGGAACCAUCAUCGACUAUGACGGUACCGUCAGGCUCUUGGAGGUGGCUCAGGUCCCCAAGGACCACCUCGACGAGUUCUGCUCGACCAGGAAGUUCAAGAUCUUCAACACCAACAACAUUUGGUGCAACCUCAAGGCCAUCAAGCGGGUGAUGGACGAGGACGCGAUGAACCUGGAGAUCAUCAUCAACAACAAGGUCACCGAAAAGGGACAGGCCAUCAUCCAGCUCGAGACUGCUAUCGGUGCCGCCAUCAAGCACUUUAACGCUUUCGGUAUCAACGUGCCCCGUAGCCGUUUCCUGCCCGUCAAGCAGUCAUCAGACUUGAUGCUCAUCAAAUCCAAGCUCUACACACUGGAGCACGGUGUCUUGACGAUGGACCCGGCGAGAGAAUUCGGUUCAACGCCCGUCAUCAAGCUCGGAAACGAGUUCAAGAAGGUUGCGAACUUCGAGGCCCGAUUCAAGUCCAUCCCAAACAUCACAGAAUUGGACCAUUUGACUGUCUCAGGCGACGUGCACUUCGGAAAGGGUAUCAAGCUGAGCGGUACGGUCAUCAUUGUCUGCGCCGAGGGAUCAAAGAUCCAGAUCCCAGAUUACUCCGUGCUUGAGAACAAGCUGAUCAGCGGAAACCUCAGCAUCAUCGACCACUAG